AUGUUUUAAAGUGUUUUAAGUUUUCCAGUUACAAUGGGAGUAGACUGUGAUCACCUUUAAGGCUUCUAAAGGAUGCAAACGCAUUAUAAAAUGAAUCCACAUUAUAUGUGCUAUAUAUUUCAUGUGUCCUGAAGACAUACAAAUAGGUGUGGUGAAAAAAAAUCCAUAUAAUCAAAUUUGACCAGUCAUUUCUCUGCUCACAGUCAAGUUUAUUGUCAAGUCUGCAACAACCAGGACAUACCAGCAAGAUAUUCACAUCAGGAAGAAGUGUAGAUGCAGUAUUUGAAGAGUUUGACAUAGGACUUCAUAAAACGGAUUACAAACACAAUCAUGUAUAUGAAAACAAAAUAUGUGUCACAAGUUACAUGGAGUUAUGCUCUAAUUUUUUGGUGUUAUACAUUUUGCAUUCUCCUUUUAAAGCUGGAGAAGGUGGUCAUGGUACACUAACCAGAAAACCCAAAACUCCACAAAAUCAGCAUUUGGUUCCUGAAGGUCAAAAAAAGCCAUGAUAGGUUUGAAUGCUUUAAGAGUAAUUUAGAAAAAGCAAAAUUAACAUUUUUGUAACCCUUUCAUUUAUAGUCAAAACGUUUCCUGGACUUAAAAUAAAACUGGUUUAAAAUAAAACAAUGACUGCCUGUGUUUAUAUCCAUCUUUACAUUUACAUUUAUGAAAAAAAAAUGCAAACAACAACAAAGAUGCCAAUCCUGAAAUAAAACUGUGGUGUUUUGAACUUACUUCUAAUGAUUUUUUAUUUUUCACAGAUAUUUUUGACAAACAAACUUUUGAAGGAUGACCGAACAACUACAGACAUUUUUUUCAGAGAAUAAGGAUGCUGUGGACGCUGUGAUUAAAGUAUUUGAGCAGAAUGCCGAUGUGAUAGCCAGCGUCGUUGGAGAUAUUUUCCCUGUUUUCUCCAUCGUGGCUACUUUUGUCAAGCUGGCGCUGGAUAAAGUGGAGAGCAAAGAAGCCCGGUACAUGACACAGCAGUUUCAGAAGGUACGAGAUCGCCUCGAAGCCGUUUCUGAAGAGAUCCAGCUGAUCAAUAAUGAGAUCAAGAAAAGCGGGAUAGAUGAUAAAUACUUCUCUGUGGAGGAGAACCUGCUCAACCAGUUUCGCAAAUUUAUGGAGGUCCUCAAUGCCAAACCUGAAUACAUAGAAGUCAGAAAGAAGACCUUCCUGGAGCACUUCAAGAAGACAGGUGGUGACAAAAACCUCCACACUCUGUAUAAUGCGGUAACAGGAGAUAAUUUCUCCGGAGAGUCUGUGCUGGAGAUCACGCUAAACUAUGAGCAGAAGAGCCGCAGGCCGGUGGAGGAAUUUUGUGCUAUGCUAAAGCAACUGUUUUGCAUCGGUUUGAUAGCUUUACUGGGACACGCAAGUCUGGAAGGCUAUGGUGAGGAAGAGAAGUUGCUUCAAGAGUGGGGCGAGAAGAUGAAAGUGGUCCAGUCUAAAAUAAACAUCGUUAUUGAAGACUGCAUCAACAGCUUUCCCACGCAGGCUGAGCUGGACUCCAAACGUAUCGUGAGGGACCACAGCGACAAAAGCAACCAGCAAGUGGCUGACAUGUUAAUCGAACAUUUGAAAAAGAAAUACGACUGGGUGUGCUGGUCGGUUCGUGUCUUUAACUCUCCUACGGGCAUGUUCACCAGUAAGAAAGACUUUCAUGGUUUGAUGGGAAAGAGUCAAUUUCAGAUGCUGACAUCUGAUGAGAAGGUAAAUGUUGUGAUCUCGUACAGCGACUCACCUGAACCUGUACGUAAAGCCCAGAUACAGAAUCUGAUCUUGGAACAGAAGAGGCCCACCAUGACUGCGAUGGCUGAACAGCUUUUCGAGACGAUGCCUCUUUGUGUGAUUCAUACAGUCAAGAGCUCAUGUAAAGAUCUGGGCUUCUCCUGCAGCUUCUCUGAUGAGCUGCACUACUAUGAAAAGUUCAAUAAUUUCUGUGUUUUUCUUCAUUCUGCCUAAAGCCGUCAGGAAACAAUAAUGUCAUGCACUCAAAAAAUAUUUAGGCUUAAUUAUGAUUUUUGUAUUUUGAUGGAAUAUCACAUUUCCAUCCAUUUGGAUUACAUUCUUUUAAUCUAAAAAAACAAAUAAACUUUAUAUGAUAGACAUUUGUCAGAUAUAUAUAAAUGUAACCAGUACGAAUAAAAUGUAUGUAAUAAUUUAACUUAAUCCAAUGUGUUUUAAAUGCAUAAGAAAUUGAAUUAUGUAUUCUUUAUUAAUAAACCCAAUUCAUUUAAAAUUCAUAACAUUUUGGUAUUUUACUCAUAAACCAUUUUUAAUAAUUUAUGUAUGUAUUACAUUCCAACA